AAAAAUUUAGAAAAAGCCUUUCACUGGUAUCAAAAAGCAGCAGAAAAUGGUGAUGAAAAAGCAAUGAAUAAAUUAGCUAUAUGUUAUUAUAAUGGAGAAGGAACAAAAAAGAAUUUGAAGAAAUCCUUUAAUUGGUAUCAAAAAGCAGCAGAAAAUGGUGUUAAAGAAGCAAUGUUUAAUUUAGCUAUAUGUUAUGAAAAUGGAGAGGGAACAGAAAAGAACUUAGAAAAAGCCUUUUAUUGGUAUCAAAAAUCAUCAGAACAUGGUGUUAAAGAAGCAAUAUUUAAUUUAGCUAUAUGUUACAAAAAUGGAAAGGGAACAGAAAAGGAUUUAGAAAAAGCCUUUUAUUGGUAUCAAAUAGCAGCAGAAAAUGGUAAUAAGGAUGCUAUGAAUAAUUUAGCCAUAUGUUAUGAAGAUGGAGAAGGAAUAGAAAAGAAUUUAGAUAAAGCUUUUUAUUGGUAUAAAAAGGCAGUAGAGAAUGGUAAUAAAGAAGCAAUGUUUAAUUUAGCUAAUAGUUAUUAUAAUGGAGAAGGAACAGAAAAGAACUUAGAAAAAGCCUUUCAUUUGUAUCAAAAAGCAGCAGAAAAUGAUAAUAAAGAUGCAAUGUUUAAUUUAACUAAUAGUUAUUAUAAUGGAGAAGGAAUAGAAAAGAAUUUAGAAAAGGCCUUUUAUUGGUAUCAAAAGGCAGCAGAAAAUGGUAAUAUAGAUUCAAUGAAUAAUUUAGCCAUAUGUUAUAAAAAUGGAAAAGAAACAGAAAAGAAUUUAGAAAAAGCAUUUCAUUGGUAUCAAAAAGCAGCAGAAAAUGGUGAUUAUGAUGCAAUGCUUAAUUUAGCUAUAUGUUAUAAAAAUGGAGAAGGAACAGAAAAGAAUUUAGAAAAAGCCUUUCAUUGGUAUCAAAAAGCAGAAGAAAAUGAAAAUGAUAAUAUAGAUGCAAUGAAUAAUUUAGCUAAUAGUUAUUAUAAUGGAGAGGGAACAGAAAAGAAUUUAGAAAAGGCCUUUCAUUGGUAUCAAAAAGCAGCAGAAAAUGGUGAUAAUGAUGCAAUGCUUAAUUUAGCUAUAUGUUAUAAAAAUGGAGAAGGAACAGAAAAGAAUUUAGAAAAAGCCUUUCAUUGGUAUUUUCAUUUGUAUCAAAAAACAUCAGAAAAUGAUGAUAAAGAAGCAAUGCUUUAUUUAGCCAUUAAGUAUUAUAAUGGAGAAGAAACAGAACAGAAUUUAGAAAAAGCCUUUUACUGGUUUCAAAAAGCAGCAGAAAAUGAUAAUAUAGAUGCAAUGAAUAAUUUAGCUAAUAGUUAUUAUAAUGGAGAGGGAACAGAAAAGAAUUUAGAAAAGGCCUUUCAUUGGUAUCAAAAAGCAGCA